CGAUCGAGAAUUGGAUACCUUAAGCAAAACUGGUAUCACGACUUUAAGCGGCUACUCUCUUGGUUCCUCGAACUUUGGUAAGUUUUUAUUAAUUAAUCUUUAUAACUUGACAGUAUUGGACUUGAUAGUAUUGGACUGUAUUAAAACACAAUAAAGCACAACGUCUUUUUAUUAAUUGAAGACCUUUUUCGUCUAGUUUAAAAUUUUAUAUUGACUAUAUACUGAUCGCUUCUCGCUAUUGCUUGAUUGGCUUGUGUUUUUGUCUAUGUGUGUGUUUGUUAGAAAAUAAUUAAUGUAAGCCCCUAGAUAAGCAUUAUUUGCUUUUUGGAAUUGGGGCAAACAUUUGGAAAAUAUUUUUUAAAUUAAAAAAAUAAUUGAAAGAAACGUGCAGCCCGGCAACUUUUUUUUGUAAAUCCCAUCAAUUCCCGAGCCAGUUUUUGAUGACCAAAUCCCAGUUUCAAAUGUAUACUUAAAACUUUUAAAACCCAAUAUUCUGCUUUCAAUAUAGCUCUAUUUAGAAAUAACUUCAUGAAGUAAACGUUUAAAGUAUAUAAAUAAUAUACCAUGUUCUUGUCUGUCACACUGACAUUUUCUGUUACAUACUAAGUAUAUCUGGCAACACUGAGAUGUACGUUUAAGAUCUUUUUAGAUUUCAGGUAGUUCAUACACAACCUACAUUCUUCCUCCAAUGGGUGUAAUAUUGAUAUACUUUUUCCUAUAGAUAUGUGGAUUUUAUUACUACUUGCAGUGCCUUGUUUGGCAAUUUUGCCUACUGACCCACCACCGGAGAAAUGUUUUGCUGAAGCUGCCACGAAAUAUAUAACUUGUCAACGCGUCAUUGGAAGACCAGCUGCUUGCCACUGCACAGGCAAAGAACCGGCAUGUUAUAUUAAAAUGAUUCUUUCUGAGGGGUCGGAUGGGCAAUUAUAUAUUAACGGGUCACAACCAGGUCCAACCAUAAUUGUCCGGUAUCGAGGGGUUGUCGCCAUUGAUGUUUAUAAUACUAUGGAUGAAGACACUUCUAUAUACAUUUUCAUGGAAUGCAUCAAAUAA